AUGGAGAAUAUACCAAGAACACAUGAAGAUAUUGAAGCCCAAAUAAGAGAAAUCCAAUCAAAGAAGAAAGAAGCACCAGUAGAGGAUUCCCCAGAGAAAGUAGCAAAGCUUGGGGAAACUGGAUUUUUUGACAGUGACAUCUAUGAAACUGGAAAAGGCAAAUAUGAAGGCUAUGUUACAUCAAUUGCAGCUAAUGAUGAAGUUGAUGAUGAUGAGGAAGACAUAGGAUAUUCACAGAAACGGACAGGUCUAGGAGCUCCAGUAGCUCUUCUGAAUGAUGUGGCACAGAGUGAAAAAGACUAUGACCCAUUUGCAGAUCGUAGAAGAGCAACAAUUGCAGAUAGGGAAGAUGAAUAUAGGCAAAAAAGGAGAAGGAUGAUUAUUUCUCCUGAGAGAGUUGAUCCAUUUGCAGAUGGAGGAAAAACGCCGGAUUUCCAGACGAGAAACUAUUCACAGAUUAUGAAAGAGCAGUUGCUCAAAGGUGAAGAAAACGAAUUGCGUAAGAAAAUCCUUGAGAAGGCCAAAGACGGUUCAUUGAAAGUGACUAAUGGCGAGGCCAAAUCUACCCCAAAGAAACGUGGUAGAUGGGAUCAAACAGUAGAUGAAGCUGUUGUUCCACAGAAGAAGAAAACUUUGAGUGUUUCUACCCCUAGUGCAGCCACUACUCCUGUUUGGGAAGGAGAUAAAACGCCCUCCGACAUCCGCUGGGACGAAACCCCCGGCCACAAGGGCAGCGAAACGCCCGGCGCCACCCCUGGCCAGUCCACCCGCAUGUGGGACGCCACCCCCGGUGCCGCCACCCCUGGCAGAGACACGCCCGGCCACUCGGGCGGCGACAAGAGCAACUCGCGGCGCAACCGGUGGGACGAAACGCCCAAAACGGAGCGAGAAACGCCCGGGCACUCGAGCGGCUGGGCGGAGACCCCGCGCACGGACAGAACGGGUGCGGAUCUCAUACAGGAAACGCCCACUCCGGGUGCGUCCAAGAGGAGAUCGCGGUGGGACGAAACCCCGUCGGCCACGCCCACGCAAACGAUGACGCCGGGCGCGAUGACCCCCACCACUCCGCACGGCACGCCCGGUCAUUCCACGCCGUUGCUCACUCCCGGUGGGUCCACCCCUGUGGGCGUCAAGGCCAUGGGCAUGGCCACGCCUACUCCCGGUCAUCUGGCCUCGAUGACGCCCGAACAGCUGCAGGCUUACAGGUGGGAGAGGGAGAUUGACGAGCGCAACAGGCCGUACUCGGACGAGGAGCUCGACGCUAUGUUCCCGCCCGGGUACAAGGUGUUGCCGCCCCCCGCCGGGUAUAUUCCAAUCAGAACGCCGGCCAGGAAGCUGACGGCCACGCCCACUCCCAUGGCGGGCACGCCUACCGGCUUCUUCAUCCAGCAGGAGGACAAGUCGGCUAAAUACAUGGAUAAUCAGCCCAAAGGACAGAACUUGCCUUUCAUGAAGCCGGAGGACGCGCAAUACUUUGACAAGCUACUGGUAGACGUCGACGAAGAAUCUCUCAGUCCCGAAGAGCAGAAAGAAAGGAAGAUAAUGAAGCUGUUGCUGAAGAUAAAGAACGGCACGCCCCCGAUGCGUAAAGCCGCCUUGCGACAAAUCACUGACAAGGCUAGGGAGUUCGGAGCGGGGCCCUUGUUCAAUCAGAUCCUGCCGCUGUUGAUGAGCCCCACUCUAGAGGACCAAGAAAGACACUUGUUGGUCAAAGUCAUCGACCGUAUACUCUACAAACUGGACGAUUUGGUGCGACCGUACGUGCACAAGAUUCUUGUGGUAAUCGAACCGCUGUUGAUUGACGAGGAUUACUACGCUCGCGUUGAAGGGCGUGAAAUUAUUUCAAAUUUGGCGAAAGCUGCCGGUUUGGCCACCAUGAUAUCUACCAUGAGACCGGAUAUUGACAAUAUUGACGAGUACGUGAGGAACACUACGGCGAGGGCUUUUGCCGUGGUCGCUUCCGCUUUGGGAAUUCCUUCGCUAUUGCCCUUUUUGAAGGCCGUUUGCAGGUCGAAGAAGUCCUGGCAAGCCAGGCACACGGGUAUCAAGAUCGUGCAGCAGAUCGCCAUCUUGAUGGGGUGCGCCAUUUUGCCGCAUUUGAAGUCGCUGGUGGAGAUUAUCGAGCACGGUUUGGUAGACGAGCAGCAAAAAGUGAGAACGAUCACUGCUUUAGGUAUCGCAGCCUUGGCUGAAGCUGCUACCCCAUACGGAAUUGAAAGUUUUGACUCUGUCCUCAAGCCUCUUUGGAAAGGUAUCCGUACGCACCGUGGAAAAGGUUUGGCCGCCUUCCUCAAGGCCAUCGGGUACUUGAUACCCCUCAUGGACGCCGAGUACGCCAACUAUUAUACGAGGGAAGUGAUGCUUAUUCUCAUAAGGGAGUUCCAGUCUCCGGAUGAGGAGAUGAAGAAGAUCGUGUUGAAGGUGGUGAAGCAGUGUUGCUCCACCGACGGUGUCGAAUCGCAGUACAUCAAGGAGGAGAUCCUGCCGCAGUUCUUCAAGCACUUCUGGAACCACAGGAUGGCCUUGGACAGGCGCAAUUACAGACAGUUAGUCGACACUACGGUGGAGAUUGCCAACAAAGUCGGAGCUUCGGAGAUCAUCAACAGAAUUGUAGACGAUUUGAAGGAUGAGAAUGAGCAGUACAGGAAAAUGGUGAUGGAGAGUAUCGAAAAGAUUAUGGGUAACUUAGGAGCUGCGGAUAUCGAUUCGAGGUUGGAGGAGCAGCUCAUCGACGGCAUUCUUUACGCUUUCCAAGAACAAACUACUGAAGACGUCGUGAUGCUCAACGGUUUCGGUACUAUAGUAAAUCAACUAGCGAAGCGUGUGAAGCCGUAUCUGCCGCAAAUUUGCGGUACCAUCCUCUGGCGUUUGAACAACAAAUCAGCCAAGGUUCGUCAGCAAGCUGCCGACUUAAUAUCCAGAAUAGCGGUGGUGAUGAAAACUUGUCAAGAGGAGAAACUGAUGGGCCAUUUGGGAGUGGUGCUGUACGAGUAUCUGGGUGAGGAGUACCCGGAAGUGUUGGGUUCCAUUCUCGGAGCCUUGAAGGCCAUCGUCAACGUAAUAGGAAUGACCAAAAUGACGCCGCCCAUCAAAGACUUGUUGCCGAGGCUCACGCCCAUUUUGAAAAACAGGCAUGAAAAGGUGCAAGAGAACUGUAUUGACUUAGUUGGUCGUAUCGCCGAUAGGGGUCCAGAGUACGUUUCUGCUAGAGAGUGGAUGCGAAUCUGCUUCGAACUGUUGGAGUUGCUGAAGGCCCACAAAAAAGCCAUACGUAGGGCAACGGUGAACACUUUUGGUUACAUAGCAAAAGCUAUCGGUCCCCACGAUGUACUGGCUACUCUUUUGAACAACUUGAAGGUUCAGGAGCGCCAGAACCGCGUUUGCACCACCGUGGCCAUCGCUAUUGUGGCGGAAACCUGUUCGCCCUUCACGGUACUACCGGCCUUGAUGAACGAGUACCGCGUGCCAGAAUUGAACGUGCAGAACGGCGUGCUCAAAUCCUUGUCCUUCCUCUUCGAGUACAUUGGGGAGAUGGGCAAGGAUUACAUCUACGCGGUGGCGCCACUUCUGGAAGAUGCUCUCAUGGACAGGGAUUUGGUGCACAGGCAGACUGCUUGCGCGGCGAUAAAGCAUAUGGCUCUGGGGGUGUACGGGUUCGGGUGCGAGGAUGCUCUGAUCCAUUUGCUGAACUACGUGUGGCCCAAUAUUUUCGAGACGUCGCCUCACUUGGUGCAGGCGUUCAUGGACGCCAUCGAGGGGAUGAGGGUUGCUCUCGGGCCGGUCAAGAUCUUACAGUAUACAUUGCAAGGAUUAUUUCAUCCUGCUAGGAAAGUCAGAGAUGUAUAUUGGAAGAUCUACAACUCCUUGUAUAUUGGUGGUCAAGAUGCUCUAGUUGCUGGCUAUCCUAGGAUAGCAAAUGAUCCCAAAAAUCAGUAUAUCAGAUAUGAAUUAGAUUAUGCUAUUUAG